AUGACUACUCAAACUUUUUCAUAUUCAAAUGACUGUGAUUUAGAGGUACAUUGCUCGCCUUUUGGUAUCUCUGGUCUAUAUAUAAAGCUAGCUAACAGUGACUCUGUUGGUAUUGGUUCAACAAUGGGAAGACUAACGGGUCAUACUUCUGGGAAAUUGCACUAUAAUAAGAAUGAAGAUCUGGUAAAUUCAAAAUUUAAAUUGUUUGGUGUAUUGGAAGAUGAAGAUAUACUAAGGAUUGAUUUUAUAAAGAUUUUGAACCCAAAGGGUGAUUAUUCAGAUGACGCUGGCAGUAAUGAUGGUAGUACCUCAGCUACACCAAAAAAUGAUCAAGAAGAACAACUACCUAGUGAAAACCCAGGUGAUGCAGGUUAUGAAAUCCCUGAUCUUGUGUUUAGAGGGAAAGUUCCAGCUGGUAGGCCAGAUGCCGUUGAACCAUUCAUUGGAAUCUUUACUUUUGAAAAAGCUCCAAAAUGA